UUCAUCUUGAUUGUUCUUCCAAUCCCUGCGUUGAAACCACUUGAUGUCAAGCUCCAUUUCCAGGCGAACGAAACGAGGCAGUUAAUUUGAUUAGUCAAAAUCUAAGAAUGAAGACAAAACAAUAAAGGAAGAUAACUUUGAGCGGCUCCGAAGAAUACGAUGAACAAUCACUUGUACUUUCCUACAAUGUUAACUGUCACUGCUUCGAUUUUAAGCCUUUCUUAUUAAAGCUAUUAUUUCUUUCACUCUUUCAAUCCUUUUACGUUUCAACAACUCCGCCUUAUCGGUUCUGCAAUCACAAUGGAAGAUUUCAGGCCACCCUCAUUGGUAAAUCCUAUCUCUUCAUAAAGAUCAUAACUCAAGCUGAACAACUCUUUUUUUUUGCUGUUUAUGAAGUUAGUAGGAUUCUGUUUGGAACAGAGGAUGGUACCUUCGAAAGUUGAUUCAGGGGGUACAUAUAGGCUGCUUGCAUAUUCAAGUAAAGGAGAUAAAGCCUGUGUCAUACAAGAAUUGGAGAAAGGAGUGGAUCUUAAUGUGGCUGACUACGAUAGGAGGACGGCCCUUCAUUUAGCAGCUUGUGAAGGUUGGACUGAAGUUGUUGUUCUGCUUCUUGAUAGAGGAGCUGAUGUCAAUUCUUUAGAUCGUUGGGGUCGAACUCCAUUGUCUGAUGCCCGUAGCUGUGGUCAUGAUGAGAUUUGCAAGAUACUUGAAGCUAAAGGGGGAAUCGAUCCGGUGGGAAAUGACUCUCAAGCUCCGUGCUUUCAAAUUGAUCACAUGGAGGUGAAAAUGGAUGAAGCAACCCUUAUUGGAGAGGGAGCAUAUGGUGAAGUUUAUCUGGUAAAGUGGCGUGGCACUGAAGUUGCAGCCAAGACAAUUCGUUCCUCCAUUGCGUCAAAUCCUAGAGUGAAAAAUGCCUUCUUAAAAGAACUGGCUUUGUGGCAAAGGUUGCGCCACCCUAAUAUAGUGCAGUUUCUUGGCGUUCUAAAGCACUCUGAUCGCUUGAUCUUCCUCACUGAGUACCUUCGGAAUGGAAGUUUGUAUGAUAUAUUGAAAAAGAAGGGAAGACUUGAUCCAACAACAACCAUUGCCUAUGCUCUAGAUAUUGCAAGAGGGAUGAAUUAUCUACACCAGCAUACGCCACAUGCUAUAAUACACCGAGAUUUGACACCAAGGAAUGUCUUACAAGAUGAAGCAGGCCGCCUUAAGGUUACUGAUUUUGGUUUGAGCAAAAUUGCUCAGGAAAAGGAUUCAUAUGGUUACAAAAUGACUGGGGGAACUGGUUCAUAUCGUUAUAUGGCACCCGAGGUUUACCGCCGAGAAUCCUAUGGGAAGAGCAUUGAUGUCUUCUCCUUUGCUUUAAUCGUGCACGAGAUGUUACAAGGAGCACCAUCAAAUAGGGUGGAAAACGCUGAACAAAUUGCAGACAGAAGGGCGUAUGAAGAUUCAAGGCCACCUCUCUCUUCAUUCAUAUACCCUGAAGAAAUGAAGACUCUUCUCAAAGCAUGCUGGCACAAAAAUCCAGAUUGUCGACCAACAUUCGAAGAGAUAAUAGUGCAGCUAGAGGUAAUCCAGAAUAGUUUUAUAACUGAGAAAGCAAGGAAAUCCUUCUGUAGCUGUAUUGUGUUAUGAAACUAUCUCAUCACAAGCAGGAGCAUCUUAUCCAGUUAUCCCUUUUUCACUAUAAUCGUUUUAUGUUUCUCCUUUUCGCUACUUUUGUCCCUUCAUAAGAAUCUGUAUCAAUUUCUUUACACCAAAUAACAAUGUAGACAAGAAUGUUAAUCAUCCCUUUGAUCUUGUGUACAAAAAAAACCUUAUGGGGAACUAAACUAUAUACACAGGUUAUGCAACCCA